CUGAAAAGGGCAGCGGCGGGAGAACGGAGAAGAAAAGAGAGGAAUGGAUUACAGUCUGGCGGCGCUGAAGCUUCUGUGCGUCCAACUGAAAGAUGCUCGCCAAACCUCUACUCAGAACGCCUUGACUCUCGGCGGCAUUCUCUUCCAGCGCGCCUGGCUACAGGUCUCUCUCUCUCUCUCUCUCUCUCUCUCCUUCUCUUUAACCCUUUUAGUUAUUCCCAUUUCAACGCUCUAACUCCCCCUACCACCAGGGAAUCAUUGUAUCCAACGACGGCGACGGCCGUCUGCUUCUCGACGACGGAACCGGCGUCAUCGAGCUCUCCCUCGCCGGCGAGUUCCGCCAACGCAAGUUUGACGUCGGUUCGUUAUUCCGCCCUCCAGUCACCCCACCAUUUCCCUACCUGUUUCCCCCGGCGCAUUUUAGCUCUGUGGGAUUGCAUUGUUCUAUGUGAAUUUUUUAGUUCUCAUUUUGAUUCCCGUGAUUUCGGUCCAGGGAUUUAUGUAAUGGUGGUGGGAGGGUAUUUCAUCCGUACAGGUGAGACCGCCAUGAUCAAGGUACAUAAGAUCGUCGAUCUCUCGCCAUUUCCAGACAGGGAAGCCAUGUGGUAUCUGGAAGUCAUGGAGGCCUACAAGCUGUUCUACCAGCCGCUCAUCGAGGACUUCCUCUGAGUUUCUGAUAGAAUUAACCUACACUGUUCUCAAUGUCAUCAAGGAUUAACAGUUACAAUAUAUUGUGCGAUCUGUUGAUCGAGCCAGAACUGUGUUUAGUCGUUCGAAACAAUUCGUACAAAGUUUGCUGAAUGGGAUGGUU